AUGUUUAACGGCUCGCGUGGCGGCGUUUGUGUGUCCGUUAGGGAUCUCAGGGAUGACCGACGCGUCCACUACUCGCAGAUUGGAUACGCCUCUAACCCGAAGCCGACUGUCAACCACUGCCUUAUUAUCGCCGCUUUGACCCAUCCUUUCGUAACUUCUGGCCAGUUGUCUCACGUGACACCUGAGAUAGUCGUCGCAAAUGUAUCGCUUGUCGCACAGUUGACAGCCGGGAAUGGGAGGAAAUACAGUGACACCACUUAUGGGCGCUUUCAUUGUUAUAUAGACAGUGAGUCGGACGGCGUCCAGAAUUGUCUCAAAGUCGCGCAAUUCUUACGAGUUAUCGAUAUAUUGAGAGACCGUUCCGUUCAAACUGUCGCCAAAGUACUCGACAACCGAUAUGAUCAUAGAGUCGGGCCAAUCCAGACCGCGUUGAUUGUGUCGGGUGUUGAUGUAUGUGAUGCCAUCGGGGUGAUGGGCUAA